AUCAAUCACUCACUCCACAAGAUAAAAAAAUAAAUUAAAAAAAAAUCCAAACAUCUUUUCAGUUUUCACCACCAUUAAAUCCGGCGAUCACACCACCGCCGGAAAAUGAAUAUUCCGGCAACGAAGUUUUACUCAUCUAAACGACUUCCGGUUGAUAAAGUCCCCGUUCAUCGCCGUCACAUUCUUCACGAAAAACACUAGAACAAGUUUUGUAUUUCACAUUCGACAAGUUAUUCGGUUCUUUUCGAGACGAAAGGUAUCUAAUUAUGUUCCUUGAAGCAAUUCUUUGAUCCGGAAGUCUGAUAACGUAGUGAUUACUGCAUUGAUUGCCUUCGUACUACGUACUUGUGUUCAUCAAUUGUGUAUAAUUUGUCAGGGUUUCCAGUAGGCAUUUAGUGAAUUUUUGUACGAAAUAACCAUUAGGAAGUAUUAUUAUUAAGGCAGAUUGUAUACUCUAUGCAUUUCCAGAUGAAGAUUCAACCAAUUGACAACCGAAGUUAUGAUGAAUCGGUGAACUCUGAUUCUCCGGUGGCAGUGAAGCCAGUGUUGAAGUCUCGGCUAAAGAGGCUAUUCGAUCGGCAAUUUCCUAGCGUUUUAAAGAACAAUUCGGAGAAAGUCAACGAAGUCAAAGAUGGAGAAUUCGAGCCGAGUUCUGUUUGCUUGGCUAAAAUGGUUCAAAAUUUUAUUGAAGAUGCUGCUGCUCCUGAGAAACCGAAAUGUGGCCGCAAUCGUUGCAAUUGUUUCAACGGAAACAUUAACGACGUUUCUGAUGAUGAAUUCGAUCUUUCUGCUGCUGGAUAUUUUGGUGAUUCUGUUGAAACACUCAAGAGUUUGAUCCCUUGCGCGAGUGUGAUUCAGAGAAAUCUGUUAGCAGACACAUCGAAAAUCGUCGAGAAGAACAAAACCUGCAAGCGAAAAGACGAAUUAACAAAACUUGUUGCCGAAGAAUUACUAUCAUUCGGCUACGAAUCCUCAAUUUGCAAAUCACAUUGGGAGAAAACAUCAUCUUAUCCUGCCGGUGAAUAUAAAUACCUAGAUGUGAUUUUUGAAACCGGAGAACGAGUAUUAAUCGAUAUCGAUUUCAGAUCUGAGUUUGAGAUAGCGAGACCUACCGGAAACUACAAAGCAAUCCUUCAAUCGCUGCCGUACAUCUUCGUCGGAGAAGCCGAUCGUCUGCAACAGAUAUUAUCGAUAGUAACUGAAGCGGCGAAACUGAGCUUGAAGAAGAAAGGAAUGCACGUUCCUCCAUGGAGGAAAUUCGAGUACAUGAGAUCCAAAUGGCUCUCACCACACACCAGAGCACCACCGCCGCCGCCGUCGCUACUGCCGCCGACUCCACCGCCAACGCCAGACGCAAACGCUGCGUCGAAACAGAUUUUUGCCGGAACAGAGGAUAAAAGUGUUCCGGCGUCGGAGUGUGGAGAUUUUGAAAUGAUUUUUGGAGAGGAAGCGGCGUCGUUUGAGUCAAAGAGAAAGUCCGAUGACGGUUUGGAGUCGCCGGCGGGAGGAAUAUGGGAACCGCCGGCGAUAAAACCGAGGAAUGUGGAGAGAGGGAGUAAGUUAGUAGUGACCGGAUUGGCUUCUCUUUUCAGUUGAGAAAGCAUGACGGAAUAAACAAAUUUUGGGAUUUUUUACUUUUUUUUUUGUUAUUAUGAAAAUCCAAUAUAUAUAAAACCAUGCAUAUAUUAACAAGAACAUUUGGCUUCUCUUUUUUUUAAA